UUCGCCGAGAAUAUUUAGAAUGGAGGUAGAGACACAUUAUAGCAAAACUACGAUAACCAUUUGUCCUAAGAGACAUGGAAAGUGUAAUUAUUGCGAGCAGUACCGAUGGUUUCUGGCAGUGAUGCCCUCAUCGGAGGAGGAAAGCCAGUGGCUUGUUGGCAGCGGGGGCGGCCUCGCACCCUCCGGCGGCAGUGCGACGAAAACGGGCGCCGGCGAGCGCGGCGUGAACACUAGAUCCGGUCUCUAUACCGAGGAGAUGACGACGCAGCCAGCGAACGUCGCCACGGCCGGCGUAAACUCGGCCUCGGCUGAUUCCGCGGAGCAUGAUCUCAUCGACUCCACCGCGGAUGCGACCCUUCUGGCGCAGUUUCACGAAGAUGCCAUCAAGCAGGCUGGUGUUGGUUAUUUCCAAAUAUUUGCUGCUUUCUGCACGGGUUUGAGUCUGGCUGCUGACACUGUUGAAAUUUUUGUUGUACCAUACAUACUGCCAAGUGCAGAGGUUGAACUUUGCAUCGAGGACAAUGAGAAGGGAUGGCUCGGAAAUAUUACUCUUGUUGGCCUUGCCUUGGGUGGAUUGUUUUGGGGUGGUCUAGGAGAUAGAUUGGGAAGACGCAGGUCCCUCUUCUCAGCCAUGUCCGUGCACUCUCUGUUUAGUGGUGUUGCAACAUUUAUGCCCACUUAUGGCACUUUUAUGACCGCUAGAUUUUGCUCUGCUCUUGGAGUAGGAGGAGCUGUACCUCUAGCAUUCGUAUAUCUCGCAGAAUGCUGCCCACGGUUAAGUAGAGGUCGCUGGACAGGUAUACUCGUGGCAGCAUGUGCACUUGGUGGUGUCUAUGCAGCACUCUUGGCUUGGGCAGUGGUACCCACAACAGGAGAAAUGGUUGUCCUGGAAAAUAAGGAACACUUCAGUGCUUGGCAUCGUUUCUUGUUAUUAUGUUGUCUGCCAGCGUUGUGCUCCACGUUCGGUCUUAUCUUUCUACCAGAAAGUCCAAGGUAUCUUAUAGAAGCCGGUCGAGAUGUAGAAGCAAUGAUGGUUUAUCAGAGGAUAUAUAAGAAAAAUAACGCCCGAAAAGGUGCAGCAGGUGCUCAAUAUCAACUUUCUGAACUUGAACUUCCAACUAAAAGACCACGCGGCUUGGCACCGCCAUCUCCUAGCAAUCACACUAGUGUUUUGGCAGAUAUAAUAUAUUCAAUCGAAAUGUUCUGGAAUUCUUUCCUGGAAUUAUUUGCGACGCCUCAUUUACGAGUGACUUUGGUAUUGUUAAUUAUUUGGACCACCGCUUCAUUCAGUAUUUAUGGUCUUAUGAUAUGGUGUCCUGAAUAUCUGAAACUUUUACGAGCGAUGGAAUACGAGAAUCAUACCGAACACUAUCAUAGAGAGGAACACAAUGGUACAACAUUCACUGGUUCUUGGGAAAAUCGUCAGUACAAAGACUCUACAUUUUCAAACUGCAAAUUUACUAAAAUGAUAUUCAGCCAUGUCGAUUUUGAUAAUUGUACCUUCCAAUCGGUAGAAUUCAGUAGCAUUAAGUCUAGCAAAACUCACUUUAGAGACAGUGUUAUUAUAUAUUCAAAAUUUGUUGACACAGAUUUGUCUGCACAAGUUUUCACCAGAUGUAAAUUGGAAAAUAACACGGAGCUGAGUUUAAGCGGGUCCUGUCCAACUCUCGACCUCGAUUACAACAUUUAUAUCGAAGAAGCGUUACAUGCUCAUCUCGUUGCUCAAUUGGCUUUUGUACCUGCUGCUGCGCUAGCAGGUUUGGCACUUACCGUUCUUCAGCGGCCGAAACUAAUUGGUCUCUCGCUUUUCUUCUCUUCCGUUGUUGCAUUAUGUCUGAUAUUAAUUCGCCAAAACAGUUCGGCAGUUCUUGGUUUCGAAGGUGGCUUCACAGCUCUUUUUGCCGUUGGAUGGACAUCAUUAACUUUGGUGACAGUCGAGAGCUUCCCCACACACUUAAGGUGUACCGGUUUUGGACUCAUAGCUGCUGCUAUAAGAAUAUCAGGUCUAAUAGGAACCACAACAUAUCAGACAUUGGUGGGUACAUCAUUAAUUGCGCCCGCAUUAAUGACUGCACUGGCAUUAUUGAUUGCCAGUGUUAUAACUUUUAAAUUGCCUCAUACUCAUACUGUCUUCUUGUAAACUUUCCAUCAAUAGAAAAGACUAUCAGCAACACUGGUAUAGCUGAAACAAAAAAUUCGUUGUCGAAUUUACGAAACAAACUUAUACGGUACUCUAUUACUGACGAAUGAAUUCUCAGAAAGAAUAAUCUCAAAUACGUCAAAGACGUAGAGAAGAAAAAGACGUGCUAUUCUUUAUUCUUCAUCCUUAAGACUUAUUCGAAAAAAUGAUGUUCAAAACAUGUCAAUAUUAAUUCAUUGAUCAAAAAGAGAAAAAAUUUUUUUUAGAAUAUGAGACUUUGUACAAAGUAACAUAUCCUAAGUAAUAAUGGAGCACUAUUGUCUUUCGAGACACUUGCAUAUUUGAAGCGCACAGAAACGUUCACAGCGACUUUAAUUUGCUAACGCAAAAUAAUUUGGACUUUGCAGAUACUUGGAUCAAAGUAUUCUUGUAUCCUAUUGCUUAUGAAAUGUGAACAUUCGCUGUAUGCGAAUGACAUAAUAUACGAUUAAAAUUAAAAAAAAGUGAUGUCAAGAUCGGCUGACACGGACAUUUCCGUGCAUAUAAUAGUCACUCUGAAACUAAUAUAAUUACUUUGCUAUUUUACAUUUGACGAUAUAUAAAUCAUUAUGCAAGUAUAUUGAGCAAAGGACAUACACGUAUGUGCAACUAUUUUAAUAAGGCUCAUGCCAUGAAACGUGUCAAUUUUAAUAAAGGAUGUACAGUCAUCCAUAAUAAUAUAUCAUAUACACUAAGAAACAUUAAUUAGAAAUAUACUGGCAAUCCAGUUUGAUAUCUCAAUUAUUAUUCCAAAUACAAUGCUUAUAAAAUACAUAGCUGUUCUUACUUUCAAUCUAGAUUAAAUAAUAUCGAUACAUGAUGUGUGAAACUUGGAUAUAUUCCAAUAUAUUUCGCGGAAGGUACCUCUUCGCUCAAAUUCAAUCACAACAUAAAUAUCCGCUAAAUAUCAUACAGAUUAAUUACGAUGAUGUAACAAUCAUUUUAUAUGUUUUUAUGCAAAAAGAGAAAUGAUAUUUUUAUUUCGUGCGUAGGAAAUAUUCCUAUGAAAGAAAAAUAAUCAGACAAUUAUAUGUUCAAUACUUCCGCUUUUUAUCAAUUUAUUAGCAUGUAUUACAUUUAUCAACUAGAUACUAGAAUGCUGCUAAUUCGAUAAAUGAGAAAGCAAGAGAGAAAGAGAGAGAGAGUGGAGGGGAGAGGCACACACAUGAUUCUCGUAAUGUAAAAAACGCUGCCGUAUGAAAUCUUAAUAUCUAGAUGCAAAUUUUCGAACGAGAAAAAAAGAUA